CUCAGCGCUCUUCAUCAUGUCGUAGUGUGCCGUGAGUGUAUGAAAAUUGUGCGACACGGGCUCGACGGCCACUCUCGUCGAAAUCAAUGUCAUCGACAUCUCAGCCGCUUCUCGCCUGUGACACUCGGCUCCGCCUUUUUCACAUGCCUGCUCCUCCUCCACCACCGACCACACUCCGCAUUUUUCAUGUAAACAACAAUGCGGUCCAGCCAUAUCCGAUAUAGCCAAGCAUAGUUAUUUCCUCUUGUAUGUGAAUCCUACCUUUCAUUCAUACCUGCCGAGCUCCUCGAGGUCAUGCUCCGCCGCAAGCCCACCGCCCUCACCAUAACCUCCGAAGACAUCGCUUCGUUUGAAGAACAACUGUCCCGCAAAGUUGCGUACGCACGAUACUUGAAGACUGGAGAAGAUCCCGAGGGCCUCUUCCGCAGUGGAAGUGGUCGCCAACCAGGGGAGCAAGAGACGCAGAUGGACAUGCAUAUCACGGGUGAACAGCGGGAUGCCAGCAGUGUCGCUGGCGCGGGCCCAGGCGCAAUUGAUCCGAACGACGAGUUGAAGCCGCUGCCGGGUGACAAGGCCCGGAUCGUGAGGAGUCGGGAGGAUCGAAUCAUGGGGGCCGGGAGUGGUGCGAGAUGAACAAACGAAUUGGCCGUUGGGAAAGGCAAACCGAACAAGGCCAUAACUCGCCAUCUAUUGAAUGAUAUGUCAUCUACGCCUGCAUACCGGCGAGGCCAGGCUACAAGCCGUACCAUCUGGCUCGAUUUUGGUCCGAUAAGACGACUGGUAUGGCCAACAUGCCGCUGGGAGCUUGACACUGCAUGAAAUGGGUGAAGCAUGAGAGUUUGCAAUGAGUCGAGGGCAACGUGUAAAAGCUGGGCAAGAUAGAGUGCAGGAGAAGCAAACGACUGGGACGCUUCCGAGAGCGAGCAUGUUCAGGGUCUUCAUUUGAUGCUGCUCCAUUUGAGAGUCAAAUAUGCACAGGCACGCAGUACGAUAUCCACUCAAUUGCAGUAGAUCGUGAGCAGGUAGGACUCGACAGCAGCAUCAUUGAUGAAUUCUAUGCAGUCGCCCUAUGAUCCUGAAUCAAUAUUGAUACAAGUUGAGC